AUGCGGCGCGUUCACAUCACACGUACACGAUCCCGCUCACGUUCCCGUUCUCCUCUGUUACGUGGCCCACGUCCUGUCGUAUCCAAGAGUCAACCAGUGAACAUGUUGGACCAGGCUGCUCUUCUUGCCGUCAGAACUAAAAAGGAGAGUAAACCGUUUGUUUCAAAGGAGAGAAUCCGCGCAGCCCUUGCGUCCUCUCGUCUGCAACUCGUUGAAAACCCAUUCGGACGAAUCGCAGGCGGGGCGCAAGCGUUGCGCAUCGCAACAGAAGCCGUCGUAAGAAACAGAGUUUCGGGGAUUAGUGGAUUUGGCGACAGAAGACGCAGUGAAGGUGACAGAACCGGUGGAUUUCAGAACAGACAAGCUAUGAGAGACCGUCUUUCAUUUUCCGAUCGUCAAGGGCGUGACCGAUUCGAAGCCAGCCGUGAACGAGAAGUCGACAGCAGUAGAUUCAACGGGAAGUUCCGCGAUGAAGAAGGCGAUAAACCCGUACAAAGACUUAUUGAUCCAACUGCUGUUCCAAAAGGAAAAAGCUAUUUUGGUCACGACGACCGUGGUGAAGAAAAGCAGUGGCGCGGUCGCAGCGCAUAUGAUCCCCGCGUCGAUAUGGGUCCAAGACGUGAUCGUCUCUCUGGAUUCCGUGGAUACUACGGUAGAGAUAGGUACGAACGCCGAGAUCGUGAUGCAGGUUCUCGGAGGUCUUUUGUUCCCCGAUCAGCCGCUGAUGGUUUAUGGACUCACGACAAAUUCAUUGAAUUAGAAGGAGAUGAAGGCAGCGAUAAUGACCGAAAUACAGGCGUUGAGGUUGUAGUGGAUCAGAGCUCUGCCAGCUCAAAAGCGAAACGAGUUGUGCACGAGGUUUUAUUUGCUCGUGAUAUUACUUAUUCCAUGCUCUCCUCGUUGGUCGAAUUUCAAAAUGAUUGUUUGCAGGACGACGACGACGCCUAA